CCCGUGUCCCCCGAUCCGUGCGGCCCCACGUCGCGGUGUGCUCACAUCCCGUGUCUCCGUGCCCCGGCUCCUCCGAUCUACCCGUCCCCACCCCGACGUUGCUCUGUCACCACGUCCCCCACUCUCAGAUCCCCCUUUUCCCGUAUCUUCCCUUAUCUCCGUAUCCUCCGAUUUACCCGUCGCUACGUCCCCGUGCCUCGUAUUCCCAAAUCCCCGUGUCCCCGGAUCCCCGUAACCCCACAGAUCCUUCUCCCCGUGCUCCCUCGUUCCCCAUCUCCAUUUCCCCAUACGCCCCAGAUGUUCUCAUGCCCUCGCAUCCUUGUCUCCACGCCCCAUAGUUCCCUCACACCCCACACCUGAUACCCCGCACCCCUGAAUCCUGGUGCCCGCACACCCCGCACACCCCCCAUUCCCUCUCUCCCCCCCUUCCCCGCCCCGCCCCGCGCCCUCCCCCGGGGACGCCCUUCUGCCACCGAAGGCGCCUCCGCCGCCGGUGCAGAACGGGCACGGCUCCGCGGGCACCGCCGCCACGACCGCCCGAAAGCGACAGCGACCGCCGCCUCCCGACGCCCGCAACAUGCUCCGCCGUGCCCUGUGACAGCUCUCUGUGGACCGGCUGAGCGCGGAGCAGGCGCUGGACAUGAAGGAGCAGGAGUGGGCCGGCCCCGAGGCAUUGUGCCCGGGCUGGCAGGAGGAGGAGGUGCCCGACGGCGAGGGACCCGGGGACAGAGCGCACCCCGACCCCACCGCCCACGCCUACGAGGUGCUGCAGCGCACCCUGCGCCUGGAGGGGUGGCCCCUCACCAUAGACCGCACCGCCCAGCCACGCACCGGAUCUGGCCCGCUGGAUAUGACUGUGUGCAUCCUGGGCUCCCCCACUGCCUUCCUGCCAAUCUUGCUGGAGGGUGGCACCCGCUGCCCAGGUGCCAUGGUGCUGUGCCUGGCACCCACCUGGGCCAGCCGUGCACCCUCAGACACGUCACCAGGCUCGUGGUCCCUGCUGCUCUCCAGGGGGGUCUCCUUCGAGGCAGGGGGCUGCACUGCCCUGGAAGAGUUUGUGCCUCCCCGACGUGCUACCUACGUCACCGGCACCUUUGGGUCCGAGGGCAGCUGGGAGGAUGAGCUGGCCCGUGACCUCGACUGCCCCACUGGGGGCUCAGCACCGCUGGCACGCUGGCUGGAGGACCCCCUGCUCUCUCGCUGGUUGCUGUCUGCCCAUGCCGGCCUGCCCGUGCCCCCCACCCUGGCCUUCAUCACGGGGCAAUGGGACACCCUACCUGAGGAGCCCAAAGCACCGGGGGUGCGCCUGGUGCGGCUGCAGGACCCCCAGGGCCAGGAGAGCCUGGUGCGGGACGAGGUGGGCGCCUUCCUGGAGGGCAGCACCAUGCAGCCCUACGACCAGGUGGUAGUACGGCUGUCGGGGUGGCGGUGGCGUGGAACGGAUCCCCGCAGCACCCACAGGAAGGGGGAGGGCGAGGCGGUGGCGCAGGAGGUGGCAGCUCUGCUGGAGGGGCUACGCGAGGAGGAGAGCGUCCUGCUGGAAGCCGUGGUGCCCACCGCCCGCCUGCCCACGCUGCCUCCACGCAGCGCAGCCCCGCGGCUGCCCAUGGCCCUGCGCGUCUGCACCGUCGUCUGCCGGUCCUGGGGAGACCGGCCCCAGCUCUGCCAGGUGUCCUGCACUGCGGGGCGGGCAGAGGUGCCGGUGCGGCACGGUUCGGCGCUGCCCAUGGGUCUGGACUCCAGCCUGCAGCAGUGGGGCCUGGCAGAUGCAGCGCAGCGGCAGGCACUUGCAGGGCGGCUGCGGGAUGACGCCGAAGCUGCCAUGGCUGCCAUCCUAGCAGCAGAGAGCAAGCUGAGCCCCGCUCAGCGUGGUGGUGCCCGCGCCCGCACUGAUGUCCUCGGUGUGGAUUUCUUGUUGGCGUGCGUGGACGACACACUGGAGCUGGUGGCCCUUUCGGCCAACUGCCUGCGCUGCAUGGAGACGUGCCUGCUGGCUGAGGGCAUGGGGCACGAUGUGGGGCAGCCUGCCGGGGACCUGCCGCGACUGCUGGCUGAGUGCAAGCUGCACUGGGCUCAGUGCCGCCUCGUGGAAGGCAAGAACAUCCUGCUGAUCGGGGCUGGGGGAGUCAGCAAGAGCUUCGUCUGGGAGGCAGCACGCGAGUACGGCCUGCGGAUCCACCUGGUGGAGUCGGACCCCGAGCACUUUGCGGCAGGGCUGGUGGAGACCUUCCUGCCCUACGACAGCCGGGAGCACCGUCGGGACGAGGAGCACGCCGAGCACGUGCUGGAGAUGCUGCGGGCCCACGGGCUGCGGCCUGACGCCUGCCUGUCCUACUGGGACGACUGCGUGGUGCUGACAGCGCUGCUGUGCCAGCAGCUGGGCCUGCCCGGCUGCUCUCCUGCUGCCGUGCGCCUGGCCAAGCAGAAGAGCCGGACCCACCAGCACCUGCAGCGCUGCCGCCAUGGCCGCCCACCCCCUGCCGCCUUCUCCGUGCCGUGCUGCCGGCUGCGCAGCCAUGGUGAUGUGGAGCGGGCAGCAGGAGCUGUGCCAUUCCCCGCCGUGGCCAAGCUGGAGUUCGGGGCAGGGGCAGUGGGCGUGCGGCUGGUGGAGAGCACCGGGCAGUGCCACGCGCACGCGGCACAGCUGUGGCACGACCUGCGCGACGACACUGACCACCCAGGCAUCGGGCUGGGCUGGGGCAACGCCAUGCUGCUGAUGGAGUACGUGCCAGGCACCGAGCACGACGUCGACCUGGUGCUGUUCCAGGGCCGCCUGCUGGGCGCGUGGGUGUCGGACAACGGCCCCACGCGCCUCCCCGCCUUCCUGGAGACGGCGGCCACACUGCCCUCCUGCCUGCCCGCCGACCGGCAGGCCCAGCUGGUGCGGGCGGCCCUGCGCUGCUGCCGGGCCUGCGGGCUGCAGCACGGUGUCUUCAACGUGGAGCUGAAGCUGGGCCCGGCUGGGCCACGCCUGCUGGAGAUCAACCCUCGCAUGGGCGGCUUCUACCUGCGCGACUGGAUCCGCACCGUCUAUGGGCCCGACCUGCUGCUGGCCGCUGUGCUGCUGGCGCUGGGCCUGCCCCCCGUGCUGCCCUCCCGGCCCAUGCCCCGGCAGCAGCUGGCGGGCAUCAUGUGCCUGGCGUCAGAGCACGGCCGGGCCCUGCGCGGUGGCGUCAUGGCGGCCCUGCAGGGCCUGCAGCAGCGAGGCCUGGUGCGCCUCAACCCGCUGUUUGAGGAGGCGGGUGGGCGCUACGAGGAGCCCUGCCUGAGCGUGGCCUGUGCUGGGGACAGCCCCGCGGAGGCCUGUGGGCGGCUGCUGGGGCUGUGCCAGGCACUGGGCAUCGACUCGCCCCAAUACCCCGUCGGCCAUUUCCUCUCACACUUCAAAUAGCCACGGCGCAGGGGGUGGGGGUGCGCGGCCAGGGCUGGGUUUCGCAUCCCCCCAGAUCCUCCCCCAGAGGCCCACAGCCCGAUUUAAUCCCCCUGCCCUCCCUGGGGCUGGGGUGUGGGUUGUGGGCCUGUAGCAACAUGGCGGCCCUACAGCACCCAGUGUGGUACUCAGCUGCAGCGCGGGGGGCUGCAGCAAUGGGGAGAGCCUACAGGAACAGCCCAUGGCAGCAGGCAGAUGUGAGGAACCCCUCCAAUAACCAUUGAGCAUAGGGAGAUCCUGCAGUGACAGGCAAACACGAGCAAACAGUGCAGUAUGAGGAGAGCACACAAUAAGGAAGGACCAUCACGAGGCCCCAUAACAGCAGAUGAGUGCUGGGAGACCCUACAAGAGCACCUGAGUGAAAACAGCAACAGGGACAGCCGUGAUAACAGCACAGAUCCCCUGCAGAAACAGGAGACCCUACAGAAACAGUGGAGCAGGAGGCAGCUGCAGUGAGAACCCUGCAUGGGCAGACCCUGUUUGAACACCCCAUUGCUGGAGGGACCCUACAAUGGGAGAAUCUCCCCAUGUCACACCACCCCGCAAUGAUGCCACGCAGUAACACAGCAUGUCACAGCCACCACCACCACCAGCACCAACAGUGAAGACGUGGCAUCUGCCAGUGGCAGCAAGAGACCCUACAAUAACAACGGUGACAACACAAUAACACACAGCCCAAGUGGCACUCAAAACCCUACAGGAACAGCAGUGACCACAGCAGCUUGUGUAGUGCCUGCAGCCUUCUAACAUGGAGUGCCUGAGACCCUGCUAUCAUGGCAGGGACCCCACAAUAACAUGCAGCCCACGUAGUGCUAUCCUAUAAUAACAGCAGUGACCCUACAGAUAACACAGCCCACGUAGUGCCUGAGAGCUUACAAUAAUAGCAGGGACCCCACAGUAACACGCAGCCCAUGUUGUGCCUGUGACCCUACAAUAACAGCAGUGACCCUACAAAUACCACAGCCUGUGUAGUGCCCGAGACCCCGCUAUCAUGGCAGGGACCCCAAUAACACACAGCUCACGUAGUGACUUAUACCCUGCAGAAACAGCAAAGACCCCACAGUGAUACAGCCCAAGUAGUGCCAGAGACCCUACAAUAACAGAAGCAUCCCCACAGUAACACACAGCCCACGUAGUGCCUGAGACCCCGCAAUAACACAGCAGUGCAGGAGCGGCCUGAUGCCCGGUAUGGGGUCCCUAAUAGGGGUCACCCCCAUUCCAGCCCCCCAGUGCCCCACGACCUAUGGAAGAGGCAUGACCCCAACCCGGGCUGUGUGAGCAGCCCCAGGGCUCUGAGCACCAAUAAAGCCUGCGGAGCACCGAGA